CAUUUUUCUCCUCCUUUCCCCUCUCUCUCAAGAAGCCAUGCUCUCGCUGUCCGCCCGACCCAUCCUCUCCGCCUUCCUCCUCCCCAAGCCCAAACCCCGCCGCCUCCUCCUCCUCCUCAGACCCCUCCACUCCUCCGCCUCCGCCUCCGCGCUGACGCCGCCCACCCCGCGUACCACCACUCCCGACCUCCCGGAGGACGCAGACCCCACGCCGCUCUUCCUCCGCCCUCCGACCCACCCCGUCCCGGAGGCCUCACUCGCCGCCUUCCGCCGCCGGGCCGCCGCGCUCGUCCCGCCCUCGGCUCCGCACCUCCACCGCCACCUCCGCUGGCUCCUCGCCGACGCCUCCGCCCCCGCCCCGUCCAGCGCCGACCCGUCGGCGCCCCACCUCCUCCGCGCGCCCCUCGAUGAGCUCGAGGCUCUGUGGCUCCGCCACGUCCGGGACAGGCGCCCGUUCCAGUACGUGGUCGGGAACGAGCACUGGAAGGACCUGGUGGUCGCGGUCCGGGACGGCGUGCUCAUCCCGCGGCCCGAGACGGAGGCCGUCGUGGACAUGGUCGCGGCGGUCGAGGGGUUCCAGGACGGGUGGUGGGCGGACCUCGGGACCGGCAGCGGCGCCAUCGCCGUGGCCGUGGCCAGGAUGCUGGGACCCGGGGGGAGGGUGUUCGCCACCGACGUCAGCAAGGUCGCUGUUGAGGUCGCGCGGCUCAACGUCCAGAGGUACGGGGUGCAGGAUAAAGUUGAGAUAAGGCGCGGCUCAUGGUUCGAACCUCUAGAAGAUGUCAAAGGAAAACUGAUGGGUGUCAUUAGUAACCCUCCAUACAUACCAACUGAUGAUCUACCUGGCCUGCAACCUGAAGUUGGUUGGCAUGAACCAAAAUUGGCACUUGAUGGAGGAAAAGAUGGCCUUGAUCAUUUGCUUCAUCUAUGUGAAGGAUUAUCUUCGGCACUGAUGCCUGGAGGUUUCUUUGUUUUUGAGACAAAUGGCAACAAGCAGUCAGAGUUUCUUGUCGACUUCAUUAGUACAAAGUGGAGCUCAUCUUUUUGCGAUGUGGAGGCAGUUUUAGACUUUGCAGACAUCAAACGUUUUGUAAGAGGGUACCGCAGAUGAAAAAAAAUGGAUGCUGAUGAAAUAUUCUUGGAGAUCACUUCUGUUCCUUAGUGAUUUUGGACCCCUAUCAGUUUGAAAAGAAAAAGGCGGUAUUGAUGUUCAUAUUCUGGGCAGGCUUAAGCGAGAAGCGAGCAAACCCUUUACAUAAUUCCCUCUGGGGCGCUUAUCACUUGCGGCUCAAGCGUCGUAGUGGGCAAUAACAUAGUACAAGUCAAUCAUGAUCCCUGUGCAUGUGAGUGAGAUGGGAUGGUAUUUUGUUGCUGAGCUGCCAUUGAUGGUCCAAGGAAGCUUCUCUACGCUAUGGUGGACACAGGUCUUCUAGUAGUUUGCAUACAAAAAGGUGUACCUGGCAUUUGUUUUUAGGGGGUGGUAUGUGUGGCCAAUUGUUCUUUUUGGCGUGUUGGGCUGUGAUGAUGUGGUCUGGAGGGAGAGGCUGCUUUUGUAGCCUCCAAAUUAUUCCGCCGUCCACAAGUGACUGGUGUGCUUAAUUAUUUGUCCCUGCUGAUAAUGUUCUCUUGCCCACCA